AUGGAGCUUGCGUUUCGAGGACGAAUAGCUAUGAUUAAAGACCCCCUUCGUCGUAAAUUUCCGCUUUCGGAGAGACUGGUCGAAGUUAUCGACGACAAAUUAACUAAUGAGGUUCUAUUGGAUGAAGCUUUAAAAAUGAUGAAAAGUAGUGAACCAAUGAGCGUAGGAAGUUGGAUUGAUUUGAUGAGUGGUGAAACCUGGAAUGUGCUGAAGAUUGGAUACCAGUUGAAACAAGUACGAGAGCGUUUAGCAAAAGGUUUGGUGGACAAAGGCAUUCUGAGAACCGAGAAACGAAACUUUUUGCUUUUUGACAUGGCAACUCAUCCUGUCAGUGAUUCUUCUGCCAAAGAUGAGAUUGUGAAACGGGUUAUUAAAACGCUGACUCAUCUCAAUAAUUCCACGGCAUCAUCAGAAAAAGAAAUACCGUUUAGCUACUUACGCACUAUAUCUAUGGUGUGUGCUGCAUAUGCCGCCAAUGUCUUGGAAAAUGCCUUGUUGCAACUAAAUUACGAGACACGAGAGCGAGCGUACACAAAGGUAGACGAGUUACUGAGUGAAUAUUCGGUUUGGCCCUUUUCAAAGAAGGUCAAAGUGGAUAUCCCUGAAGGAAAAGAGUUGCAAAUUGAAGUCGUGGCUGCUGUCCUAAAUGUAUUCACGAAGAUGGAUA